GCCAAGUUCUCCAAGCUGCUUUAGCAGGAGCUGUGAAUUGCGUCCCUCGGGAGAUGUGCAUUUCACACUUGCCCAGAAGUUGUAGAGAAUAGUUUCAUCAACAGGUCGGUGCCUGCCGAUGUCAUUAAGGGCGGAGUUUUUCUUGAUUUAGACCUGGGAAAUCUUAAAAUAAGCUUUUUCCUCUUCACUCUUCAUUAAGGUUAUGCUUUCUCAAAUUUGUGUAGUCUUUGAAUAGCUGGUAGGAACUAAUGCUUCUGAAGAUGACAGAGAGUACAGUACCAUAGUUUGUCGCUGUUGCUUAGAGACUUACUCUCCGUGUGUGUAAACAAAGAUAACAUAAUAGCAAACAUUGCAUGAAAUGAGCUUUCAUACCUGAAAAUAGCUUUAAACUUUAUUUCCAGUUCUUUAGUUGUUUUACAGUGUAUUGCACGGCAUUACUUGACGCUGUGUCCCACUGGUAGCUUUUUUGUGUGUGAUUAACUUAGUUUUUAAGGUAACUAUAAAAAAUUAACUACUUUGACUUUUCUGUCAUGAUUCAUAUUUACCUUCAUGCUAACAAGAGUGAUGAAAACUUAGUCUUUGGGCAGGUUUAGGCUUGGUAAAUUACAGUUGAUAGCUUUAUCCAGUUUCUUCCUUAUGUGCUAAUCUCCAUGGUAUGGUUCACAGAUUCAUGCUUGUUUUCAUUCUAAUUUGGAUGGUACUCAGUUGUGAAAGGUGUGUGCAAAAGCUGGUACAUGCAGAAACAGCUAAAACAGGGCUGCGUGGUUCUCGUCUCUAGUGCUUAGAAAGCUUAGGUGAGAAAUACAUCUGUGUAUAAAGUGUUCUGCAGAGUUUGUAGGUUGCUUCAUUUAGCUCUUGAAUGGGCUCAGAGGGCUGUAAUUAAUGAAACCAGAGCUCACUCAGCUUGUCAGACUGCCUAGGGAACUGGUCUAACACAGUAGUUUCAUCAGAGUUAUCUGUGGGUUACAGGGAAUCCCUGGAUCUGGAUGUAUAGGCUCAGAAAUGAGCCGUCAGACUGCUACAGCACUACCUACAGGUACUUCAAAGUGUACGCCAUCACAGAGGGUGCCCGCACUGACUGGCACUACAGCUUCCAAUAAUGACUUGGCUAGUCUCUUUGAGUGUCCUGUGUGUUUUGACUAUGUGCUGCCACCGAUUCUUCAGUGUCAGAGUGGCCACCUUGUUUGCAGCAACUGUCGCCCCAAACUUACGUGCUGUCCAACUUGCCGAGGCCCACUGGGCUCCAUUCGUAACCUGGCUAUGGAGAAAGUUGCCAAUUCUGUACUAUUCCCAUGUAAAUAUGCCUCUUCCGGAUGCGAGAUAACUUUGCCACACACAGAAAAAGCAGACCAUGAGGAGCUAUGUGAGUUCAGGCCUUAUUCCUGUCCGUGUCCCGGUGCUUCAUGUAAAUGGCAAGGUUCUCUGGAUGCUGUAAUGCCACAUCUGAUGCAUCAACAUAAGUCAAUUACAACACUUCAGGGAGAAGAUAUAGUGUUUCUUGCUACAGACAUUAAUCUUCCUGGUGCUGUUGACUGGGUUAUGAUGCAGUCUUGUUUUGGCUUUCAUUUCAUGUUAGUAUUGGAGAAACAGGAAAAAUAUGAUGGUCACCAGCAGUUCUUUGCAAUUGUACAGCUGAUAGGAACACGCAAGCAAGCUGAAAACUUUGCUUAUCGACUCGAGUUAAACGGUCAUAGGCGGCGAUUGACUUGGGAAGCAACUCCUCGAUCUAUUCAUGAGGGAAUUGCAACAGCCAUUAUGAAUAGUGACUGCCUAGUCUUUGACACCAGCAUCGCACAGCUCUUUGCAGAAAAUGGCAAUUUAGGCAUCAACGUAACUAUAUCCAUGUGUUGAAAUGGCAAUCAAACCUCUUCAGGCCAGUGUUGAAACCCUUGCAUUUAAUUUAGCAGAAAGUAGGGUAACCAUCUUUGACUGUCAGACAAAUUAUUUGGUAGACAGAGGGUAGACAUAUGAAGGUAAAUAAAAGGAAAGGCUGUUAAAUUACAGGAAGCAGUUGCAUGUAGUAACACUAAUAUAUUUAAAAAGUCAACAGUAAACCACUGAAAAUAUAUAUACACCCAAACUGGGCAUCUUUUGUAUUAAGAAUUGAUUCUACAGGAAACGUUGUAAAAUAAUUCUAAAAACUUGUUUGUAGAUUGAUUGUACUGUUGAAAAGGAUACUGUUUCGUGUUUUUGUUUGUGUUUUUUUUUCCCCCCUUCCCCUCUUGACUGACAAGCCAUGUUGAGCGGUCUGGUCUCUGGCCACUGCUUCCCCUCCUCCCCCUCCCCAUUCCCCCUUUGUAAGUCACUACAUAGUAUUGCUGCUGUUUGUGUAUAUUUUUUGUGUAUUUGCUAAUUUUUAUUAACUUCUAGUUUUUCAUUAAAUAAAUAUGACUUUCUUUUCUGUAAUUCAGGUUUUUCUCUUUUUUGUAUCUUUUUAAAGUUCAUUACAGGUUGUCAUCUUUUGAUAUGCUAUGGUAAAUCUUCUAUUUCUGUAUGUUUGGUAAAUUGUCUCUUUCCAGUAGUCAAUUCAUUGGUGAUACUGUUCUUAAUUGAGCUAUUUUGUGAAUGUACUGAACUCAAAAGGAGCAUUUAUGUUCAAAGAUCUAUUGGGAAAGAAAGCUCUUUUCACAACAGGUCUAGAUGUUGUUGUACUUCGAGUUAUCUUUGAACAAAACCGAAAAACUACUAAGCAUUUUCUGAGAUUAAGAAAAUACUUAACGUUUCAAAUUCAGAGAUGCUUAGAAACUUGAUCGCAUCCUUGUAUUUGUUGGUUUUGCAGUACAAAGAAGCUGUUGUCUUACACACAAUUUGUAAU